AUGUCCUCAGUCGCAGUUGACAGUCUCCAACUAGAGAACUUGCUUCUACGGGAUGAAGACAUCUUUCAAACUUCCCUUAAUUCUGAAGAUUACCUCGAAUCAUUAGCCCCUAUAAUAAGAGAUUCCAUCCGUUCCAAUGGAUUGAACAGCUUGAUUGUCAAACUUAAUGAGAUUGUCAAUGAUAAAGACGAGGAAUUGAAUGUUGCAUCCAUGGAACUGACGGAUGAAAUUAGUCAAUGUAUCAACCAAAUUGAUUCAAUACAUCAAGAAUCCAUGGUAUUGAAGGAUGAGUUCAUGAAAGUCAACCAGAGCUUAAACAAGUCAACCAUCGAACUAAUCAAUAGGAAAAAUAGAUUCAUAAAGUAUAAAACUGUAUGUGGCCGAAUCAAUGAAACUUCUAUAGUGUUGACUGAGUGUAUUCAAGUGUUGGAAUUGACUAACAAGAUUUUAGAGUCCAUCCGUCAAUCCAAAUAUUUCAAUGCCUUGAAAUUACUUGAUGAAUUGUUGAAUAUCCAUAUUGCCAAGGUCCAAGAUUUUAACUUUGCAAAGAAGAUUGUUGAUUCUAUUCCUCAUUUAACCAAGAUGAUCAAGGAUGAUUGUUUUGAUAAUAUCUCCAGAUGGUUGAGUUUGAACUUGGAACAGAAGUUAACUGCUGUCGGUCAAGCCAUUUUCAACAAUAUACAUGUUUUACAAAACAAUUGGGAGGAUAUCAAGAAAAAUAACAAAACAUUUUUACCAUACAAGUUGAAUUCACCCGUUGAGCAAUCCCUUCGUGAUCCAGGUAUAAAUUACAAUAUUUUCACUGAUCAAAGUUUACAAAUCCCCUUGAAUAGCAUAUAUGAUGCCAUAUUGGUUUAUCAGACUCUCCAUGAAUUGGACACGUUAAUCGAUGCCUAUCAUAAGGAAUGGAUGAAGAAAUACAGCAGAAUCAUAUACCCACUAGCACCUGCAUCUGUGAAUAUCAAAGAUAUCGACUUCACUAACUUAGAAUUAGCAGGAUACUUGCAGAAAAUAAGUGCAUUCUUCAUUAUGGACAAACAAUUGAACUUAAUUACGAAAUUCCAAUUGCGUACCAAUACCCAAGCUGAUGAACUUUGGUUAUCAUAUACUACGAAGUUAAAACCAGUUCUUUUACACAAUUUAAAGCGUAAUAGAUUUAAUAAUGUUGAUGAUUUGAAGAAGUAUAAGGAUUUGAUUGGGGAUUUCCUACAAGUUAUGGAUAACUAUUCUUAUGACAUUACCGAAUUAUAUGAUGUUCUUAUGAUAAUAUUCAAGGAUUACUUUGCCCCACUCGUGGUACAAGAUUUCCGUUCUCAAUUUAUUGAUUCCAUAACAUCAGAUCAUUACAUGCCUCUUGCGGUAGAUUCCCAGGAAGAUUAUGAUAGUAUCAUGAAGUUAGUAUGGUAUCAGAAGGAUUCAGCAUUUGCUCCACAAAAUGUGAGGAGCAUGCCAAUUCAGUUACCAUUUAGUGAAGAUUAUAUCCAUUAUUGUUUUGGAAUUCGUAAUUUGAUCAAUAUUGUCAUUGUAUUUAUUUCCGAACACUAUAAUUAUGAAAUCACGGAAAUAAACAAUAUUAUAGUCAAUGACAUUGUUGAAUUAGUGUUGAGUAACAAGAAAGGAUUUGGUAUUGCAUAUGACAUUGAAGACUUUGUCAAGAGAAAUGCAACUAAUAAGGAAAUUGUGGCCCAAACUUAUACCAAUCUUGAAUAUUAUUUGUUUAGUUUGUAUGAAGUGGGAAGAAUGAUUAACAAUAGAUUGAGACAAUACACUGGUGUUGGGAUUCAUAAUAUUGAUGUUAAUGAUACUUUUACCCUUCAAGCAGUAGAUACAUUUAAGGAUUUGAAGAAAUACUCUGAACAGGCAAUUUUCGAAAUGGUUGAUUCCAAAAUCAAUGAAUUGUUGGAUAUGGUCGAAUACUUUGAUUACACUACCACCGAGAAAAAUACCGAGGCUAACUAUUCAGUUAAAGAUUUUGCUGGAUUCUUGGUUAAUUUGUUCACAUCGAUUUUUUCCACUCUUCCUUCAACAUUAAGAACCUUAGGUCUCUUCAAGACCUAUGAUUUUGUUUCAGAACACUUUCUCAAUGUCCUUAAACGUGCUCCUCUGUACAAUCGUACAUUUGUGGAAAACUUUGAUUUGGAUAUAAGGUACUUGGAAGACUCGAUGAGGAAACUUCAUUCACCCAGGGAAGGCAAUACUGAAGCGUUGGAAUCAACCUUUGCCGAGUUGAGACAAGCAAUUGAUUUAUUAAAAUUGGAAAACUAUGAUGAAUUUCUCAAUAACCCCGGAUUUAGAAUGCGUCAUUUUGAUCGAAUUAAAUUGGAAUUUGGUCAAUCAUUGAUUGGCAAGAUGAUAGGCGGAAGUACUAAUCCAACCGAUGAUGAUACUGCAUCAUUGAAGAGUUUCGAGACUUCAGCUACCGCGUCAAAGUUUACUCAAUUCGCAGGAAGGUUCAAGAGAAUGGGUGAUAAUAUUUAG